AUGCCGUCUUGCGAGGAGUCCAGUGCCAACGAUGUGGGGUGCGACGACUGCACGUCCAUUGUGCCUGCCACGAGCGCCAAACGGUCUCUGUCUGACGGCGGCCAAGACCGGCGACAGAUCGAGAAGGCCUACGAGGUGCUCGGCCUUCAGCCGGGGAGGAGCAGAGAAGUCGUGGAGAGAAGAUUCAAAGCCCUGACUAAGGGAUCUCAAUCAGUCCUAGCCAGCUUCUUACAGGGUCUCUUCUUCGGUGUUUGUCAGUCCGCCUGCACAACCCGGAACGGGGGGAAGAAUUGUAAGCAAUGGGGCCCGGCAAGGACGCUUCAAACAGUGCCUGUUAUGUGUGCCUGGCAAUGCGGCUUCAAACAGUGCUGAUUAUGUGUGCAGGGAUCGCUAUGUGGAGAUCACCACAUCGGUUGGUGUGCUCCGCUCCCUCUUCGCGUCGGUCUACUCCAUCGGCAACUCGUACCGCAACUGGGACAAAAUUCCACCUGGUGGGCACCACUUACAGAGGCAGCAAUGUGGUGUCUCUGCACACACGAGAGGUGCACGGAUGUCUCGCAUGUCAUUUCAGGCUGGUAUGAGACGGCCUGCCAAGAGAUUUAUUAUCACGAAGGUGAGACACAAAGUCACUCCGAGAGAAAAGGGACAAAGGGCGUGUGCUAACUGGCCCGAUUUGCCGUGUUCAGGCGGCCCUCUGCCUUCGCCACCGAUAAGGCCGUGCGUGAGUAUAAGUGACGAUGACAUCGCCCCAGAGACACACCCCCUCUACGACGUACCCACACAAGAGACACACACGCGGAGACAGAGAGGCGUGUAUGUCUGUGUGCACCUGUUUGCAGUGCAUGGCUACGUCUCCGUUCAUCGUGCGAUGGUGGUUUCUGGGCGGCGGGGCGCGGCUGAUGCGAUGCUGCCUGGGGCCGCAGGAAUGAGACAGACAGAGAGAGCAGGACCAUGAGAUCAAGAUCGACCCACUGUUUCCUGACGACGAUUGACUGAUUGCUGGCGGCAUGUGUGUGUGUGUG